AUGCUAUUUCGUACUUCCUCCACUAUAAUAACAGGAUUCCUGUUGUAUUUUUUCUCAACUAUAUCCGCUCAUAUUAUCGAAGUAAAACAUACCACCGAUAUAGACCAAAUAUUUAAAUACAAUGAUGAUAAAAAAAAUCAAAAGUUAAUGUUAAUAUACUCGGAAAAUUGUCAAUGGUGUAAUAAGAUUAUGCCUAUGGUUAAAGAAGAAUUAUCUCAAGUAUAUCCUGAUUUACCAAUAUAUUUACUAAAUGCAGCUGGAAAAAAGAAUCAUUUUAGUUCGUUUUUGUCAACUUAUUCAAUAACUGGAUUCCCCACUUGGUUAUUUGUAGAUACUGCCAACGAUAAGGUUGAAAAAUACAUUUUAAAGGACUAUAUAACACCCUUGGAUUCUCUAGUAACUAAAAUAAAUCAAGUGUUCCCUGAAUUAAAUCCCAUUUGGCCGGAUUCAAAUUAUAUAGUAGAUUCACUUUAUAACAUCACUUUUCAUAAUGCUGACAAUGAUAAUUGUAACAGCAUAAACCAUAUACUACACAAUAUAAUGGAUAACGACAAUUGUGGUGGAAUAGGAUUGUCUUUUGUUACUCCUUGGUUAGAUAUUCAGUUAGAAACGCUCUUUCACGGUAGACUUAACACAAUACACAGAUAUUAUAAAAAUUGUGGAAAAAAUGGCACUGCUGCAACCAAAGAAAAUUUGGUUUUAUUCCCCUGGUUUCAGCUCAAUGGAUCCGAUGGAAUAUAUAGUAAACUAAUGUCUAUAUUUCAAAUUAGCUCGUUCCCAACAUUAGUAGUGCUUCAAAAGGAACACAGUCAUGACAACAAUUCUAUUAUCGUUAAGGCUUUUAAACUAGAUUUGAUGUAUAUCAGACAAAACACUCGUGGAAAUUUGGAUUAUUCCAAGCAAAUUGAACUUUUUCUUGGUAAAUAUACAUUAGAUAGAGUUGAUAAUGAUGAAUUGACACCAUACAUACAAAAAUCGGAAUUUACAUCUGAUUGGAUAAAUAAUAGUUUACAUGCUUCAGGGGGAAAAGUGAUAGAGCCCUAUAACGAAGAUAGACGAGGUGAUUACGGAGAAGAUGAUUACGGAGAAGAUGAUUACGGAGAAUGUGAUUACGGAGAAUGUGAUUACGGAGAAGAUGAUUACGGAGAAGAUGAUUACGAGGAAGAAGAUGAUUAUUAUUAUAAAUAUUUAAAUGAAUUGUGA